CUGGGCGGAGCCUGCGGCGGGCGGCUUUGCCGGCCGGCGGCGGACUCGGGCGGCCGGGGUAGCCGGGCUCAGAGCAGACCACGCCCGCGCUAGAGGAGGAGGGAGGACCCCCCGCGUCCACUAUGCUCCUGGAGGAAGUGUGCGUCGGCGACCGGCUGAGUGGCGCGGCGGCCCGCGGCGACGUGCAGGAGGUACGCCGCCUUCUGCACCGGGAGCUGGUGCAUCCUGACGCCCUGAACCGCUUUGGCAAGACGGCCCUGCAGGUCAUGAUGUUUGGAAGUCCAGCAGUUGCUCUGGAACUCCUGAAGCAAGGUGCAAGCCCCAAUGUCCAGGACGCCUCUGGUACCAGCCCAGUGCAUGACGCAGCUCGCACUGGGUUCCUGGACACCCUGAAGGUCCUGGUGGAGCACGGCGCUGAUGUCAAUGCCGUGGACAGCUCCGGGUCACUCCCCAUCCAUCUGGCAAUACGAGAGGGCCAUAGCUCCGUGGUCGGCUUCCUAGCCCCUGAAUCUGAUCUCCACCACAGGGACGCUUCAGGUCUCACUCCGCUGGAGUUGGCUCGGCAGAGAGGGGCUCAGAAUCUCAUGGACAUCCUCCAGGGGCACAUGAUGAUCCCAAUGUGACCCAGGGCCACUGUCGCCAGCCAGGGAGCCUCACUGGGUUACUUGUCAACAAAGGAGGAAAGAAACUUUCUCUUUUCACUCUCAUCCAUUGAAGAAGGGAGUGGGAGGAGCAGUUUGUGGUUUACUGGUGUUGAUUUCUUGAGUGAGUGUGUGUGUGUGUGUUUGGGGGAUGUUUCUCAUUUGUUUUUCUCUCCCCUUUUUGGUGUGUUGGACAGAGAAGGGGCUCCUACCAGCAGCAGCCACCAAAACGGUUCAGUUUCCUCUGCCCCCUGGCUGCACAGAAGACCUCAGGGCAGAGGUUUAAAGCCUCAGUGAGGUCACCACCUCCUGGGCUCCGGGAAGCGGGUGACCUUGGCAGGCAGUGCUCGGAGAGCCCUGAAGUGUGAGCCAUCUACUUUGGGCAUGGGAGGGGGAAGGGAAAACACUGCCAAUCAGUUCAAACGAUAGCAUGAGUUCACUUUUUUUCUUGGACGUUUGUUUUCCAGUCUGUUGUACAGAGUUUGAAAAUAUAUAUAUUUAUUGCUUUACGGAAAGAAAUUGUUUUGUGUGAUUAUUUAAUGUUUUGGCCCAUUA